CCAGAGCCGAGCGGGACCGUCCAAGGGAAGGAGCGCGCCAGACGCAGCCGGCCCGGCCAGCGCUCGCACGGCGCGGGGCUUCGCUGCCGCCGCGGAGGACCGGCUGACCUCCUCCCCCACCCAGACCCCAUGGCGACCGGGCGACUUUAGAGGAGUUCGGGGGCUCUGUCGGGAUCUGGGCAAUUCCGGAUCCGGCGAUCCCUGCUCUCGCCUCGCCCUGUCAUUGAUGGGAAAUCAACUGGAUCGCAUCACCCACCUGAAUUACAGCGAGCUGCCAACCGGGGACCCUUCGGGGAUCGAGAAGGACGAGCUGCGCGUCGGGGUGGCGUACUUCUUCUCGGAUGAGGAGGAGGACCUGGACGAGCGAGGGCCUGCCGACAAGUACAGCGUGAAGGGCUCCGGCAGCCCGGCCCACGAGACCCCCACCCACCACCACCACCCGCCGCAGCUGGUGCUCAGCGAGCCCCAGUUCUCCGCCUUCCGCGGGCAGGAAUGCAUCUUCUCCAAAGUCAGCGGCGACCCGCAGGCGGGGGACCUGAGCGUCUACCCGGUCUCGGCCCUGCCUGCCCUGUGCCAGCCGGGGGACUUGCUGGAGCUCGUCUACCUGGGGCCCUCCGACCACCCGCCGCCGCCGCCGCACUGGGCGGUCUACGUGGGCAGCGGGCAGAUCAUCCACUUGCACCAGGGCCAGAUUCGCCAGGACAGCUUGUACGAGGCGGCGGCGGGCAACGUGGGCCGGGUGGUGAGUAGCUGGUACCGCUACCGCCCCCUGGUGGCCGAGCUGGUGGUGCAGAACGCCUGCGGCCACCUGGGCCUAAAGAGCCCUGAGAUCUGUUGGACGAACUCGGAGAGCUUCGCCGCCUGGUGCCGCUUCGGCAAACGGGAGUUCAAAGCCGGCGGCGAGCUCCAGCCGCCCUCGGGCUCGCAGCCCGCGCAGCAAUACUAUCUCAAGAUCCACCUGGCCGACGACAAGGUGCACACGGUGCGCUUCCACAGCCUGGAGGACCUCAUCCGGGAGAAGCGCCGCAUCGACGCCGGCAGCAAGCUGAGGGUGAUCCAGGAGCUGGCCCUCGUGGAUGACAAAGAAUGAGCGUUAAAUAAAAGAACCCUUUUUAAAAAGCGGAGCCCAGCGAGAAAGGGACGCAGGAGGGGAGCCGGCCCGGCCGGCGCGCCCAAGAAGCCCUCCUCUGGGACUCGCUUCCCACGUGGCGGGCGGCCCCGCUCUCCCCACCCGCCUCCCCAUUCAGGAAAACGCCAUGGCAACAUUCCAAGCGAAACCAGCGUCAGCCCUCCCCUUCCCAUUGGCCGCUGUUUGGUUCGCGUUUGACUAAUCAUAGUAAUAAUAGGGGGGCGUGGACGCCGUGUCGUCAGCCGAGGUUCUGCCCAGCCCCUCCUGGCAGCCCCUCUCGACCCCUCUCCCCAGCGUGCUUAAUAAAGUAUCGAAUUGAUUUUUCUCC